CGUAAACUGGCCGUCAGUGAAAAGAAAGUGUCGCAAACCAUUCCUCGUUAACGGCUCAAACAGAGCCACUCUGGUGCUUGUUUUUUGUUUUUGUUUUUAUUGCUUUAUAUUUUGCUUCGUACCUAAAUGAAAUGUCGUCCUGUGUGGAGAAGCUCGUGUCGGCCAUCUUGGAGGAGUUCAUGUUGACGGCGGUCACUGAAAUCUGCCGGAGAGUCAAAGUGAAAGCCGAAGAAAACCCGAAGACUGAAGAGGAGCUGCUGGCUGCUGUCAGGAGACUCUGUGAGGCUCUGCUGCAGGAGCUGAGGAGGCUGCUGGAGGAGAACCAGGAGCCAAAGGAGAACCAGGAGCCAAAGGAGAACCAGGAGCCAAAGGAGAGGCGGGAGGCAGACGAUGCUGCAGUCGAGACGCAUCGGGACUUUGCCCUCCAUGCAGCUGACGGAGACGCUCAAGUGGAGGCACACCACCAGUCAGACGUUCAUAUAGGUGAAACCAGCCAAUCGGAGCAGCCUCCUCCGGCGGGCAGCAGACGGACCUUCAGCUGCGGUGUCUGCACCAGCAGCUUCUCCAGACAGACCAACCUCAGAGCUCACCUUCGUGUCCACAGCAGAGAGCGACCCUUCACCUGUCCCACCUGUGGGAAAGGUUUCUCCGCCCGCAGCAGCAUCAGGGUCCACCAGCUCACUGUGCACAACAAGCAGCGGCCCCACAGGUGUGCUCACUGCGGGAAGGUGUUCGGCACCCGCAGCCACCUCAGGACGCACCAGGUGUCCAACCGGCAGCACCGCGGGAAGCCGCUCACGUGUUCGUCGUGCGGUGAGACGCUGGCAGCGCGGUGCUGCCUCCGAGAGCACACACGGACCUGUCAGAAAACAGACGGCAGGUUCAGGUGUGCACAGUGCGGGAAGGAGUUCUCCAAACACGGUUACCUGUCUGCACACCAGAGAGUGCACCUGAAGGACAAACCGUUUAAAUGUCCCACGUGUGAGAAAGGGUUCACCACGCGCCGCAGCGUCCACGUCCACCAGCUGACCGUCCACAGAGGACUGAGGCCGUUCACCUGCAGCGUCUGCAGGAAGACGUUCAGCCAGCAGAGCGGCCUGAGAGCUCACCUGAGGACACACACAGGUGAGCGGCCGCACACCUGCGAGCAGUGUGGGAACAGCUUUUCCAGCAGGAGCAGCUUGUCGGUCCACCGCCGUGUCCACACCGGAGAAAAGUCCUUCACCUGUGACACCUGCGGGAAGAGCUUCAGCGUGUCGGCCAACCUGCGCCGGCACCGACUCGUCCACUCCGGCCACCGCGCGUUCAGCUGCGACGUGUGCGGCCGCAGCUUCUCCCAGGCUGGACACCUGAAGGUGCACCGCACCGUGCACAGCGGCGAGUGGGCGUUCAUCUGUAACGCCUGCGGGAAGGGCUUCAGACAGCGCGGCGCGCUGCUAGUUCACGAGCGGAGUCACGCUGGCAUCAAACCAUACUGCUGCAGCGAGUGUGGGAAAACCUUCUCCUCGUCCACAUCGCUGAAGCGCCACCAGCUGGCCCACGGCGGGCAGAAAGCUCACACCUGCAACGAGUGCGGGAAGAGCUUCAGCAGCACCCAGAUCCUGACGACUCACCUGCAGCUGCACGGCGGCAGCAAAGCGUUCACCUGUGACGUGUGCAGCCGCCACUACAGCUCGUUGAGCUACCUGAGGACGCACCGACGCAGCCACUCGGAGGGGAAGCCGUUCAGCUGCGCUCAGUGUCAGAAAACCUUCUCCACGCAGGCGAGCAUGAAACUGCACGAGCGCACACACAGCGGAGAGAAACCGUACGUGUGUGAGGUGUGCGGGAAGAGUUUCAGCGUGUCGCACAACCUCGUCAGGCACAAACGCGUCCACAGCGGAGAGAAACCGUUUGAGUGCAGCGUCUGCGGGAAGAGAUUCAGUCAGAACAACAACCUGAAGACUCACCAGCUCAUUCACACGGGACAGAAGCCGUUCAGCUGCUCCACCUGCAGCAGGAGCUUCAGCUCCACGAGGAGCCUCAGAGAGCACAGGUGCGCCUCCGCCUGACGGACCGCGGGACGGCCGGGCCGACAGGCGGACAUGCAGCCGGACAGGCGAGGUUCUGUUCGACGCUGAAUGUGACAAAGCUGACGUUCUGCCUGUGAUAACAUGCAAAAAUGUAUUUCUUUCUUUAUUUAUUUGUCCAGUCUGAUUAUUUUAUUUUGUUUCUUAUUUUGGUGUUUCAUCAUUUCCAUCCUGAAAAACAUUGUUGUCAGUUCCAUUUGGAACAAGCCGUGUAAAUGCAUCUGAAUGCGAAAUAUGUGUUAAAAUAUUCCAGAAUGAAAUGCAGCUGCUCCACGAGUCAUACAAAAGAUUUUGUUUUAUUUGUGUAGUUUCAGACUUCAACUUUACUGAAACAGAAACAAGAAAAAUAAAACGAGCUCAACAGAAAA